AUGGUGAAGGACAAGCAGACUGUUAUCGAGGAGUUCAACGACCUCGUCAACAUGUCGGCCUCGGAUCUCGAGACCUGGCUCAAGGAGGGGUCAUCAGAGUCGGCGGGCUGGGGCAAGGAUGAUGGUUCGGGGGAGACGAUCGGACACGAGAGGUAA